AUUUUUAAAUAAAAUUGAAAGCGGAGGGAGGGUUUCAGGGUUCGCUGGAAAAAGCCUCUGGCUGGUGUAUAAACCCUAAAUCGUUCUGUUGGCAUUUUACUUCGAUUGAGUUCAUAAUUGUCAAGUAUGAGUCGGGCAAUGGAAGAGGAUACCCCUAAGAAGAACGAGGAAGAAGAGUUCAACACCGGCCCACUUUCGAUUUUAAUGUUGAGUGUUAAAAACAACACACAGGUGCUCAUCAACUGCCGCAAUAACAAAAAGCUCUUGGGCCAUGUGAGGGCCUUCGACCGCCACUGCAACAUGGUAUUGGAGAAUGUUCGAGAGAUGUGGACCGAGGUUCCCAAGACUGGUAAAGGAAAGAAGAAAGCUCUUCCGGUCAACAAAGAUCGAUUUAUUAGCAAGAUGUUUCUCCGCGGGGAUUCUGUCAUCAUUGUUCUGAGAAACCCCAAGUAACAGGUAGACUCGGCAAUCGGCAAUCGCAAUCUCCUCAGGCCUCUUAACAGAUAAGCUAUAAACACACUACAGUCUCUUCUUCCCCCAGCUUUGCCCUGUCAUCUCUAUUAUUUUCUUUCAUCUGAAAGUUUAUUGAACUAUUAUGUGGUGUUCAUUCCUAGCUAAAUCCUAGAUUCUUAAAACUGCAUUUUUGGCAAUUGCUUCAAAUGUCAAGACCCUAGAUUGUGCUCAUUCCAUUAUAAUUUAUCAAUAUUUAUUUAUUAUAUAUGUAAAAUAGAUUUAAUCUAACACUACAAUUCGAUUAUAAUUUAUUAAUAGGAUUGGAUUACGCCAUUUUUUUACUUAUUGGGAUAAAAUAACAGUUCAAAUCCAGUUGUUGGUAGGCUGAAAUUUCACUUAGUAGCAGGUCACAUGGGUUCGUCCGAUUUUCAUGGACCCGAAUUUGUAUAUUAACAGGUGUUCAUAUAUAUAUAACUAUUGUAUGUUGGGAAAUACUAAUGUUAUUUAUAUAUGAAAAGCAAAUUUUGCGUGUAGCGAAACCACAUCACAUAGUAAAGACAUAUGAAUCUACUCUUUCUAAAUUGAAGAAAUGUUCAUAGUUGCCAUUAGGGUUCAACCAAGAUUUACCCAAAAGAAAUAAAAAAAAAAAAAAAAGAAAAAAAGAAA